AUGCCAGGAUCAAUGCCUGGCUCUGAGGAUGAAACUACUGUGAUUGAGGAUGAUAGUACAGUAGAACACCCUAGCAUUGUGAUUACUGACACUUCUAGCUUAGAACCCAUAGUAGUACAGGAUACACCUCCUACACUACCAGCCACUCAUAUCCAGCCUUCCAACAGAUCUUCUGUCACUAUAGAAGACAUUACUGCCCAGGAAGGGGAUACCACUCUUAGGAGACACAACCUUACUGGUACCACCAUAAGACAAGCCAGAACAAGAAGCACUUCCAAUAUGGGGUAUCAUGAAACAGCCCUACAGAGCAUUCCUGCAUCCAUUACAUCUAGUAGGAGAACAAGCCCUGUAGAGCUUGACCAAAGGCUGGGGGAACCAACACUGGGUCACCAGCCAGCAGCAUUAAUUGCACACCAACCACAACCCCAGAUACCUAUGCAGGGGUUACCUUUAUCCAGGGCUGCUAUAGCUGACUAUGAGGCCAAGAGCCAUCAGGUGAUGCCUCAAAUCAGGGUAGAAGCAGCCAUCAGCAGUGCCAUCAAUGAUAUCAAAGAUGACAUUGCCUUGAAGAUGGGCCCUAUCAAAUACAUACAUGCUAAUAGCUCUGAAAGUGCAGCUGCCCUGAGACAAGUGGGCAGAGAUGUAGCAGACCUCAACCUACAGACCAACUAUAUAAGAAGGAGCUUAGGUGAAGUCUCUGAGGAGCAAAGAGCAGCUCAAACAGCCCAUAACCACCUUGUAAAUCAAGUAGGGGAGCUACAAGACAAGGUGGAUGCAUUGCCUCAACUCUUUCAAGAUGUGGAAUCCAGAAUAGCUACCAUGGAGGAAAGACUUUUGGAAGCAAUUUUGGGGGUAGACAGGAAGAUAGGACUACCUAAAGAACCAGAAACAGAAAGAACUGAGACUGAGAGCAACAUCAGAAGAACCUCCAUCCCAAAGGAAGCCAGACUUAAACAGCCAAAUGUCUUCAAUGGAAAAAGAGGUACUGAAGCUGAAACAUUCAUCAUGAAGAUGGAAAUGUAUUUCAAAGAGUACCCUGGUACCUUCACUGAUGAAAGAAAGAUCAGGGCCACCUUAACCAAUAUGGGAGAGGGUGAACCAGUCAAAUGGGCCAGUCCCCUGAUGCAGAAACAUCUCAGUGAUGAACCUCAUGAGUACCUGACAUCAUGGAAUGCAUUCAAAGCAGCAUUCCUACUCAACUUCAGUGAUCCAUCCAAAAGAGAUAGGGCUAUUAGGGAGAUCAAUAGCCUAAAACAAACUGGAUCAGCACAAAUUUAUGCCAGUCAAUUCCAAAUUUUAAAGGAAGAUCUUGAUUGGGAUGAGAAAGCUCUCAUUGACACCUUCAAAAAGGGACUCAAGAUUAACCUGCAGUCAGAAUUGAUCCGCAUGAAGAUCACUACUCCUGAAAUUGACAACUACUCUUUGGAGCAAAUCAUUGAAGUAGCCAUCAGGACUGAUGACAUUCUUCAACAGGCAGCUUCAAUCAGGGACACUACUACACCACCUAGUAUCCUAAAGAAAGGAAGGACCAACAACUAUAGACCUACAGAGAGUUUCCCUACAGAGACUUUUCUGAAGAGAAGCCAAGCAGAGACUCCCCUAGAACCCUCAGAGGAUAGUGAUGAAGUGUAUAUUAUGAAAGGAACAAAUGAUACUCUAUCCACUUACACUUCCAUUGAGGGAAUCAUGGACCCUAUUAAAACACUUAUUGACUCUGGCUCUUCACAAAACUUCAUGGAUAUUACCUUUGCUAGGAACCUCAAGAUUCCUCUGGUUGAGCUCCACUCCCCUAGGACAGUCAUAGCCAUUGAUGGGAAAGAAACAGACCUUUUAUGCUAUGCCACUAGGAGAUACUCCACUCAUCCUAGCUACAAGGAUGAGGAACCUAUGAAAGGAAAACUGGCAGAGAUACUGGAACUCCCUUCUGAGAUAGAAGACUUCCAAGAUGUAUUCUCUGAAGAGCUCUUUAAACAACUCCCUCAACACAGAUCCUUUGACUGCUCCAUUAACUUCAAGGAAGGGAGUGACCUUCCAAAACCUGCUAAAGCCUAUCCCAUGUCUCCAGCAGAGUCCAAAGCCAUGAAGGAAUAUAUGGAAAAGGAACUAUUGGAUGGGAAAAUUGAACCAAGUCACUCUCCUAUUGCUUCCCCAUGCUUCUUUGUGAGGAAAGCUGAUGGGGGACUGAGACUAGUAGUGGACUAUAGGAAGAUCAAUGACAUCACCAUCACAGAUCAAUUCCCCAUGCCCUUGCAGUCUGACCUUCUAGAAAAGGUCAAGGAUGCCAAGAUUUUCUCCAAACUUGAUCUGAAGUCAGGAUACAAUAACAUCAGGAUCAAGGCAGGAGAGGAAUGGAAAACUGCUUUCAGGACAAAGGAUGGUCUCUUUCUAGAAGAACACACCAAACAUCUCAGGGAAGUACUUAGAAGAAUCAGGGACAACAACCUGUACCUGAAACUUGCAAAGUGCCUAUUCUACACCACUGAAGUGACCUAUAUUGGCAUUGUGAUUACCCCAGAAGGUAUCUCCAUGGAGAAAGAAAAGAUCAAGGCAGUACAGGAAUGGAAGGAACCUAAGACUGUCAAGCAACUGCAGUCUUUCAUAGGAUUUGCCUACUUCUACAGAUGCUUUAUCAAGGACUUCAGCACUAUUGUAAAACCCCUAACUCUACUUACCAGGCAGGAAGUAAAGUGGAAGUGGGGUAAAGCUGAACAGCAAGCCUUUGAUAGAGUCAAGGAGGAAAUUGGAAAGGACCCAGUACUUAUUCACCCUGAUGCCCAGAAACCUUACUUCUUAGAAACUGAUGCCUCUGGAGUAGCUAUGGGUGCUGUCCUUAGCCAAAGACACACUGAUGGCUACCUACACCCUAUUGCCUUCCUAUCAAAGAGCUUUGAUGAUGCCCAGACCAACUAUGACACACAUGACAAGGAGCUACUAGCCAUCAUUACUUCCCUGGAACAUUGGAGACUUUUCCUGGAAGGCACAACUGAGCCCAUCACAGUCUACACUGAUCACAAAAACCUGGAAUACUGGAAGACAGCUCACACCUUCAACAGGCAACAUGCAAAGUGGUACCAAAUCCUGGCACCCUUCAACUUCAACAUUGUCUACAGACCUGGAAAGAUGUCUGAAAAGCCUGAUGCCCUAUCAAGAAGACCUGAUCACUUAGACAUUCCCAACAAGGAACAGAUAAUGAUUGAUCCUAAACACUUCCUGGUAAUGAAGGCAGAGGUAACAACAGACAUUAUUUCUCAGAUCAGAGAGGCUCAGGAUGAAGAUGAGUCAAUUCAAACACUGAUUGCCACUGUCAAACACAAGGAAGAACUUCCUCCUAGUGUAGCAAAACAGUUUACUAAAUACCAAUGGAAAGAAGAACUCCUAUGGUAUGAGGAAAGAAUCUUUGUACCAGACAGCAAGGCUAUCAGACUUGAACUCCUAGAACAGUACCAUGACUCCCCCAUUGCUGGCCAUCAAGGGCAAGCACAUACUUUGGAACUCCUGUCAAGAGAUUACUAUUGGCCAGGAAUGAAAGCCCAAGUAAACAGAUAUGUGGAAUCAUGUGAAAACUGUCAAAGGAGUAAAGGCCACAAACAUACAGCCCCCAUAAGACCACUACCUAUUCCAAGCAGGCCCUGGGAGGAUAUUGCCUAUGACAUGAUAGUCAAACUUCCACUAUCCAAUGGAUAUGACAGUAUUCUAGUGGUAAUAGACCGCUUUUCAAAGCAGGCCCAUUUCAUCCCUUGCAUAGAAAAAACCAAUGCUAAGGAAAUGGCUGAAAUCUUUAUCAAGGAAGUAUGGAAACUGCAUGGUACCCCUAGGACAACAAUCUCAGAUAGAGGCAGAGUAUUUAACAAUGAAUUCCAAAGGGCCUUAUAUGAGAAAUUGGAAAUAAAGCCUCUAUACUCUACUGCCUAUCACCCUGAGACAGAUGGCCUGGCAGAAAGAACAAACCAAUGGUUGGAGGGAUUCUUGCGCAGCUACUGCAACUAUGCACAAGAUGAUUGGGCAAAGUGGCUACCUAUAGCUGAGUUCUGUCACAACAAUCAAGUCAACUCUACAACUGGCAAAUCAGCCUUUGAGACAGUGUAUGGAAUGCACCCAAGAUGGAGUAUUGCACCUACCACCUCCAAUGUACCACAUGCAGAAGACAUGACCAAACAGAUGGAACUAAUCUGGGAUGAAGUCAAGGCCUCCAUGGAGUUCCACAAAGCAAAGGAAAAGGCACCCAGACAGGAAUACAAAGUAGGAGAUAAAGUGUGGCUAAUGACCACCAACAUCCAAACAAAGAGACCUGCAAAGAAGCUGGACAACAAAAAAGCCGGACCCUUCACUAUCACUGAAAAGAUCUCAUCCCAUGCUUACAGACUAGACCUUCCUAACACCAUAAAGAUCCACAAUGUCUUCCAUCUCAACCUCCUGGCUCCCUUCAAAGAGGACACUGACUUCCACAGAAGACAAGUGAAACCUCCCCCAUCAUAA